AUGGCUGAAGCGAAAGCUUUAUCUGAAGCGAAACUAAGACGUAGAACUGCUAAAGCCGCGCUAACCCGUAUAAGUAAAACGCUGAGAAUUAAACUACAAAACGAUAGACCCCUAGGCGAAAUAACCGAAGCUUUGCAAAAGAUGAAACAGGCUAUAAUGAUUUAGUCGUUAAACAUGAAGAAUAUGCCCAGAACAUUGAAAAUGAUGAGGAAUUCGAAACAGAGGAAAAAUGGCUAGAAGAAAGUCAGGAUGCGUAUCUUCAACUAGAAUGUACAACAAAUGAUUAUAUUAUAAAUAAAAACAUGCAACAGACAUUGGGUGGAAGUGUUGAACAACCGGAAGCGAGUAGCGGAAAUAACGGAAGUGAAGCCCAAACGAAACUGAACAGUCGGAAACAGUCGGGGAAACUUCGGCAACUGAACAGCAAGCUGUAA